CGUAGGACCCCGGGCGCGGCGACGUAGGACCCCGAGCGCGGCGACGUACGCAGGCGCGGUCCGCGGGGGACGGCCUGACUGCUCCGGAGGGCGGACAUGUCGGGGGUUUCCGCUGUGUCGCGCUUGUUGCGCGCCCGGCGCCUGGCGCUGACCUGCACGAAGUGGCCGGCAGCAUGGCAGACAGGAGCCCGCAGUUUUCACUUCACCGUUGAUGGCAAUAAGAGGUCGUCCGCUAAAGUUUCAGAUGCGAUUUCUGCGCAGUACCCAGUUGUGGACCAUGAGUUUGAUGCCGUGGUGGUUGGUGCAGGGGGGGCAGGCCUGCGGGCCGCGUUCGGCCUCUCCGAAGCAGGUUUCAACACGGCCUGCGUCACGAAGCUCUUCCCCACCAGAUCCCACACUGUCGCGGCCCAGGGAGGGAUCAAUGCCGCCCUGGGGAACAUGGAGGAGGACAACUGGCGGUGGCACUUCUACGACACCGUGAAAGGCUCGGACUGGCUGGGGGACCAGGACGCCAUCCACUACAUGACGGAGCAGGCCCCCGCCUCCGUGGUGGAGCUGGAGAAUUACGGCAUGCCCUUUAGCAGAACUGAAGAUGGCAAGAUCUACCAGCGUGCCUUUGGCGGACAGAGCCUCAAGUUCGGGAAGGGCGGGCAGGCCCACCGCUGCUGCUGCGUGGCCGACCGCACGGGCCACUCGCUGCUGCACACGUUGUAUGGAAGGUCUCUGCGCUAUGACACCAGCUACUUUGUGGAGUACUUUGCCCUGGACCUCCUGAUGGAGAGCGGGGAGUGCCGCGGUGUGAUCGCUCUGUGCAUAGAAGAUGGGUCCAUCCACCGCAUCAGGGCUAGGAACACUGUCAUCGCCACCGGAGGCUACGGGCGCACCUACUUCAGCUGCACGUCCGCCCACACCAGCACCGGGGACGGCACUGCCAUGGUGACCAGGGCUGGCCUGCCCUGCCAGGACCUGGAGUUCGUGCAGUUCCACCCCACAGGCAUAUAUGGCGCUGGCUGUCUCAUCACGGAGGGCUGUCGUGGAGAGGGGGGCAUACUCAUCAACAGCCAGGGUGAGAGGUUCAUGGAGCGCUACGCCCCCGUUGCUAAGGACCUGGCAUCCAGGGAUGUCGUGUCCCGGUCCAUGACCCUGGAAAUCCGCGAGGGAAGAGGCUGUGGGCCCGAGAAGGACCACGUGUACCUGCAGCUGCACCACCUGCCUCCGGAGCAGCUGGCUGUGCGCCUGCCUGGCAUCUCAGAGACGGCCAUGAUCUUCGCGGGCGUGGACGUCACCAAGGAGCCCAUCCCCGUGCUUCCCACCGUGCACUACAACAUGGGUGGCAUCCCCACCAACUACAAGGGGCAGGUUCUGAGGCACGUGAAUGGCCAGGACCAGGUUGUGCCCGGCCUGUAUGCAUGCGGAGAGGCUGCCUGCGCCUCGGUGCAUGGCGCCAACCGUCUGGGUGCAAACUCGCUCCUGGACCUGGUGGUCUUCGGCCGGGCGUGUGCCCUGAGCAUCGCGGAGUCCUGCAGACCCGGAGAUAAAGUUCCCUCGAUUAAACCAAAUGCUGGGGAAGAAUCUGUCAUGAAUCUUGACAAAUUGAGAUUUGCCAAUGGAAGCAUAAGAACAUCGGAACUGCGACUCAACAUGCAGAAGUCGAUGCAGAGCCACGCCGCCGUGUUCCGUGUGGGGAGUGUGCUGCAGGAAGGCUGUGAGAAGAUCAGCAGCCUCUACGGAGACCUGCGGCAUCUGAAGACGUUCGACAGGGGAAUGGUCUGGAACACUGACCUGGUGGAGACCCUGGAGCUGCAGAAUCUGAUGCUUUGUGCUCUGCAGACCAUCUACGGAGCGGAGGCCCGGAAGGAGUCGCGCGGCGCCCACGCCAGGGAGGACUUCAAGGAGAGGGUUGACGAGUACGAUUACUCCAAGCCCAUCCAGGGGCAGCAGAAGAAGCCGUUUGAGCAGCACUGGAGGAAGCACACGCUCUCCUACGUUGACAUCAAGACUGGGAAGGUCACCCUGGAGUACAGACCUGUAAUCGACAGAACUUUGAACGAGACUGACUGUGCCACUGUUCCCCCAGCCAUCCGCUCCUACUGAGGAGACUGAGGCUUCCCUGCUCCUGUAAUUAUGUAUAAUAGCUCACGCCCGGGUUCAGGUCAUCACCGCCUUCUUGAUUGUGUCCUUGACGGACUGAGGAGGCCAUCUGAUAGAGAUUCCUACCAGAGGCCAGUAACUUGCCAUUGAGUGUUCAGCCUGCCUUCACCCCUGCCUUCUUCUCGUGAAUUAAUAAAACUAGAUGAAACAUAA